CGUUUAUGGGUGCAAGAUGGCGGCGCCCAGAGCGUUCCAACGCCUGGUGGCCUCAGAACUGUGUAAGAAUUCCAGAGGCCUCCAAGGUCUGAGUGGGGUGGUGGCCCCAGAGAGCAAUCAGAAGAAGAAAAGGACUCUCCUUCAAUUCCUGUCUGACUACUUCUACGACAUGGAGGCCCUGAGGGAGUACUUGCUGCGGAGGCAGAUUUUGAAGGUGCAGAGGAAAAAUCGAUCCUUCCUCGCCCUGAAGGAGCACUAUGGCCCCUAUGUCACAGGUGCCUACUUCGUCCUGAAGCUGGGCGGUGCAGUCAAGUUCCAGGGCCAAGAGUGGAUGCGGCCCAGCAAGCAUGGCUGGAUCUCUCCCUCAAUAGGCAAUCUGCACUCGGUACCCGUAGAGGCCGUGGAUGUCAGCGGUUGCGUCAUCAACUACGAAGGCCUGGACCACAUCCUGCUCCUGAAGGAGCUCCGCUCCCUGUCCCUGCAGCGCUGUCCCCACGUGGAUGACUGGUGCCUCGCUCGUCUCUACCCGCUGGCCGGCUCGCUGCAGGAGCUGUCACUAGCCGGGUGUCCCCGAGUCUCCGAACGGGGCCUCGCCUGCCUCCACCACCUCCAGAACCUCCGCCGAUUGGACAUCUCGGACCUCCCUGCUGUGUCCCACCCCAGCCUCACUCACAUCCUGCUGGAAGAGAUGCUGCCGCACUGCGAGGUGGUGGGGGCCGGCUGGGCCCAGGACCUGCAGCCAGGGGACACACCCAGUCCCGUCCAGUCUAGCCUUCAGUCCACAGCCCACUCCAGCUAGGCCUCAGAGCGCUGUGUGAUGUCCAGUGUGUCACUGUGGCUUCGUGAGGUUGACGCAGCACCAGGUACUGGCAGAUCAGAGGGAGAGAGAGAAAAACGCAAGAUGGGAUUGCUAGUCCUGGCUGUCAUCUGUCAGGUUGUCUUCACAGCAAAGCUGCAGGCGGCUUUGUGGCACCCUCAUCUAGUGGCUCCCCCAAAUGGUUCCCCUGAGCCAUCACUUGCAGGAACCUUGAACAACACCAGGUGCACAGCCAUGGCCCCACGAAGGGUCUGUCCUUGUUUGUCUGCUCUGUGAAGAUGGAGCUGGGCCUUUGGAGUAUUUCUUUGCUGGAUAUACAGUGAGCUUGGUUGGGAGAAAGUGCUGGGGAACCAUUCAGGGAAGAAGCAUGGACGCCCCAUCCCCACAGCUCACAGCUUCUCAGGGCCUCGGGUCUCAGAUGGUCCUCAGCAUCCUCUGACACCUCUACCUCAGCUGCCUCAUGGGGUGUGGGAGGAUGAGGGGGACACCAGAGCUCUCCAGAAUCCCAGAUAGAUUUCCAGUCAGUUCCGAGGCACUUUACCAGUGAAUCCAUCCUGGUUCCAAUUUGCUGUUGAAGUCAAUAAUCCUAUAUAUUAAACUUUCCCCAUUUGAAUUACUGA